CCGCCCCCGUGCCCGCCAUGUGGAAGCUCAACAAGAGCAGCAAAGUUCUGCUGGACGACUCGCCCGAGGAGGAGGAGACGCAUCCCCGCGGGCCGCCGCCCGCCGCCGCCGCCUUCGCGGCCCCCCAGAAUAAAGACCAGUUUCUUCAUGAUGAACUGUCAUCUUCAGUGUCACAUCUUGCAACAAAGGUUCAAGGUGCAAGUUUCCGGGGUUGGAAGGAAGUGACGUCUAUGUUCAAUAAAGAUGAUGAACAGCAAUUGCUAGCAGGAUGCAAGUCUCCAAAAUCCAAAGGAACAAAUCUAAAGUUAAAGGAAGAGAUGAAGUCUGAAAAGAAGCCAGGUUUUUGGGACAGUUUGGUGAUAAAGCAGAAUGUUCCACCUAGGAAACCAGAUGAGAUUGAGGGAUGGGAACCACCGCAGAUUAGCACUGCUGACUCUACCAGCAAUGCAGCAACUCCUUUAAGUGACUAUGCAGCCUGGUCAGGCUGGGAAGAUGAAACCAAAGGCUCCACAAAAUACACAAACCUGGCCAGCUCAGGAAACAGUUCCCGGUGGAGUAUCAAAUCAGCUGGAAAGCUGGUUAGUAUUAGACGUCAAAGCAAAGGUAACCUUACUGACAACUGGGAAGAGCUAGAAUGAUACUGGUAACGUGAAAUACUUUAUAGAUAAGAAGAGAAAGAUUCCAUGAUUUACUCAUAUGUUUAAACCAAAAUCAAAUCUGCUCGAUCUUGCACCUUUAUACAGUACUUUGUUUUAUUCAGAUUGUUACAAAUUUUUGCUCACCUGAUGGUAAAUUUUCUUAUUACAUUGUUAAAUAGCUAUGUUUUCCACUCUGAAAAAAAAAGUAGAGAAUCUAUUUUGUGCCUAUAUUUCACAUUCAGACUUUGCAGUAUGUUGGAUUGUUGGUUUUACCAAAAAAAAAGUAAUUCCUUAGUGAAUGUAUACACUGGUUGUAAAUUUGACUGCCUUAUGUAGGAAGUUCCACUAGCUCGAGUCCUGUUUCUUUUCUGAUGUUUGAGGGUGACUCAAAAUUUUAGUUUUGAUGCUGUCCCUUUUUAACCAAGAAUACUGACCUGUCGCUUGCAGGGAGAAUGCUUGUACUUAGUAGACUGUUUUCCAAAUCUUCAGCCUCAGCAUAUGCUUCAGCUUGUGCACACAAGAUGCUUACUGUCACAAUGUGCUAUACUGUGUAUGAAGUGGGAAAAUACUAUUCUAAUGUAGUUCCUUCCAUUAGAAUAUUGUCACCAAUAGUCAGGUCAAAUGGGUCUUCCAGAAUUUGGGGAGGGAUUUUGGUGGUUUUUUUUGCUGUUUGUUUGGGGGGGGGGAGUGAGCAUUUGGGUUUUUUUUUCUGGUUUGUUUGUUUUUGGGUUUUUUGUUUGUUUU